GACUGUGUCCCUUUGUCCAAGACAUCCUAUUACCUGCAUCUGCUACUGCAACCACAUCAUCACAGCAAGAGAUGGCAUCAGCUCUUCAUUUCAUCGUCCUCCUCUGUGGACUCUGGAUCGGAGCAAACGUGAUAAGUGCUCAUCAUUUAGGUGGCUGCCCUCAUCGUUGGACUAAACAUGGCUGUCGCUGCUUCAGGUUCUUCAACACUCCGAAGCCGUGGGCUGAGGCAGAGCGUUUCUGCACUCUUCAUGGUGGCAAUCUGGCUUCCGUCCUUACUAGAGAAGAGGGCAAUUUGAUCAGCAGCAUGAUGACAACAACAGCUUGGGUUGGAGGCUAUGAUAAAGUGCAGGAUGGUGUGUGGCUCUGGAGUGAUGGUAGAAAGUUUGACUUCUAUCUGUGGAGGCAGUCCCCUAUAGAGCCUAACAACGCCCAUGGAGGAGAAGGAUGCAUGCAGUUUUUGAAAACAAGAAAUGCCAACGAUAAUAAAUGUCAUCAUCGCAUACAUUUUGUCUGUGCCAAGAACGCCUAACAAUGACACUCAUCUACCAUGAGGGUGUCACAUCCCCACUGAUGAUGUCACUUCCACCAGAAUGUUAAGCCUCGAUGACAUCACUGCUGGAAGAUAUAUUGACAAAUCAGAUUUCAUUUUACUUAAGUCAAAGCAUCUAAAAAAGUAAUAAAAAAAUA